AUGAUUGGAAUACUUCUCAAAGUAUUAAAUAAAAUCUAAGUUUUAGGAAAAAAUAUCAAUAAGAAAUUAGCAACAAUUAUUAACAAGUUCAAUUAUGAAUUUUUUGAAGCAAGAUUGUGAAAACUCCUAAAGCUAACAAUUGAAUUUUUAAGGUAAGUUUACAAUAAAGUUUAAAUCAUAUUCUUGUAUAAUCAUUAGUGAUUUAAAGAUUCCUAAUGAAUUUCACACGAUGCAGAUUUAUGAGAUGAUCCAAAAUGUAUUAAUUAUUAUAAAGACAUCUUCAAAAGUAGAUUGAAUUCUCUAAUUUAUAGAGUAUUAUCUCUCCUUUUAUGAUGAAUUCAAUAAUUUUGACUAAAUAUUGUAGUUUAGUCAGAUUUAGAUAAUCUAAUUGAAAUUCGUUAAAUAAAUAACAGAGGGAGUAAUUAUUGGUGUUAUUCUUAUUGAACUUAAUAAUUUGGAAUGUUUAGUUCUGGUCAAAUAAGUAAUCAACUAAAAUCGAAAACAUCGUAAGUCAAAAUUUAACUAAAAAGAAUUAAUACUUAUAUUGAGAUAUUGUUAAUUUAGGAUAGUUUGGAUCGAUUUAAUGAAGAUAUUGAAUCAUUUAUAAGUAAUUAUUAAAUCUUUAAGAGAAUAGAUGAAAGAACUAGAAAGAACUGUAAAAGAUUGCAAACUAUUUAGAUCUAGAUUGAUUAGAUUUCUGGUAGUGUUAAAACAUCUAGAAUUUCUUCAAAAGUGAUAACUGACUUAGAAAAUAGAUCUUCUAAGAUAUUUUGA